UGGGAACGGCAGGGAACCAGCGGAGCCCAGGAGUCGCAGGGAUUCUUCGGGGAUUCUCGCUCCGCUCCGGGCAAAGAGGGCCGCGCGCUGCGCUUGCUCCUGAGCUGACACGGAAGGCGCGCUGCUGCUGCUGCUUCCCCUUGCUGCGGGUUCCCUCUGGGUGUCGUCGGAAUGGUGAUCAAAGUGUUCGUAGCGACGUCCUCGGGGUCUACCAUGGUAGGUAUGGCCAGGCGAUGUACGUUCCCACGGAUUAAGAAGAAACAGCAAGAGGUGGUGGGCUUUUUAGAGGCCAACAAGAUUGACUUUAAGGAAUUGGACAUAGCCUGUGAUGAAGACAACCGGAAGUGGAUGAGAGAGAAUGUUCCGGGUGAAAAGAAGCCACAAAAUGGAAUCCCCCUCCCUCCACAAAUAUUCAAUGAGGAACAGUAUUGUGGGGAUUUUGACUCAUUUUUCUGUGCAAAAGAAGAAAAUAUUAUUUAUUCAUUCCUAGGUCUUGCACCUCCACCAGGCUCAUCGGAGGGAAGGAUUACCGAGGAGAUACCGACUGUGCCAAAUGGUGAAGUUUCAGGAGAAGAGCAGAAAACUGAAGAAGAGAUUGAAAAGACAGAGGGAACUGAGGAGAAUGAGGCAAAUGCAGAAGAGGAUGCAGAAGCUGAUACUGCUGAAGUGCCAACAGAAGAGCAGGAAGAAGGCGAAGAACAGCCAGUGACAGAAGAAACAGAGGAAGCACAGGAGGAGGAAGAGGCAGAAGAGGAGGAAGAAGAAGCGGAGGAGGAGGAGGAAGAAGAAGAAGAAUCUUAGUACAAUUCUAUUAUGACUUUUUCCUUCAGAAGACUGUUCAGAAGCCCAUGGCAUCACUGCAGUGUGAAGAUAAAAGCAAUCACUUCCCCUCCACGAAAACACCAUUGGCUUUACUCUCCAACUCCAGAUAUCGGCAUAGAUGUCACCUGAGAGAUCAAGCAGCCCCGCAGGAAAAUCUUUAUAUAUUGUGUCAAAUGGGUCUUCAGAUCUUCAGAACUGGAUGGCCAACAAACACUGUGGGUCUGACUUUAGGGUGUAGGUUUCUGUGGGCAGGGAUGUUUCUCUUUCCAUGUUUGUGCCCUGCCAGGCACAUGCUGACAACGCUCAGAGGUGAUGGCAAGGCUGAACGGAACUGGAACCUGCAAGGAAGCUCCACCUGUAUGUACCAUAAUGACCUGCUUGUUUCUAAACUAGCCUUUGAAGUCGGUAUUCUUUUUAAUGUACAGCAACUGAAAUAAAGCACAUUUCAUGUUGAAUAUCUGCUUAUUCCCUACAGGCAUUAAUUUAUCAUAGUAAAUAAGAAAACUCAAAGUUAUGCUUGUAGCCUGCAUGGUGCCUUCACUUCAGAAAAAGUUCUCUGUGACUGAUUGCCUUCCUGAGUCUGUAUUUUUGUGAUAGCCCUGUACAGUAUUAGAUUAUAUUUUCAUUAUUUCAUUGUUCAUGGAUGUAGAGAACUUUUCAACAGACUCUGAGGAUAUUUGCUUACUUAUCUCCCCCCCCCCCUUUGUGCCACUGAAAAGCUAUUUUCAGCUCUCCCUGUGACGUAUAUUUGGACAAGAACUGCAACUAAUCGGUAGAUGCAGGGCAAUUUUUUAAUGCUCUUGCAAUUAUUUUGAAAACUGCAGUAGGCUGCGAGAAACUUGCACUCCAUUGGGAAAUUCUUUGGUGGGGUGGGAACCCUAAGAAAAUUAACAGGCGCCAUCAAAAAGCUUGUUCUAGCAUUAUGGUAAGAGUGUAUACAGAGCAAGCGUCAAAAUACAGCAUAUGCUUUAUUGCAGAUUGAUUUAUGUUGGCAGCUACAGAUGGGAACAGCAAGGAAAUUAGGCAAGAUGCAUGAGACAUUUGCAUAGGAUCUCCCAAUUAAGAACAAUUACAAUUGCAGCAAGGAGCGAUUGGAUUGAGACCAUGGGAUUAAAAAAAGCACAUUUCUUUUGUGCAGUUUUUCUGAUUUCCCCCCUCUAUCACUAUUUGCCCUCCUGGGCAAAAUGUGCAGAUUCCCACAUGCUGCCUGUAUGCUUUGCCCAGUUAUGUGGGAUGGGGGUUUUAACUAGAAAAAUAGGAUGGGGGAAAGGGUUUGAAAUACUUCCCAGUGUAGUGGCCCUGAUCCAAAUUGGGCCACUGCAACUGCUGCUAACACUUCAAAAACGUAGGCGUUCCUACUCAUCACAUAUAGUUUGUCCUUGAUUCUGGAUUCUCCUGUUGAAUUUCCAGGCGCCAUUAGACCUUGGCAGUCGUCUCUAGCUUGGCCUAGAUGAUUAUGAUAGUUGGACACGUGGCUUAUAUUUGAGAAUCGGGGGCAAAACCUGACAGCUCUCUAGCAAGGCAGUUUUCGUGCAGUUACAGCUGGCAUGAUAUGUUUGUUUGUUUUCAAAUACUAGUUAUUGAAGUGCCAAAGCCUUGUUUAGGAACACUUAUGCAUUUAAUAAAGACCACAAUACAAACCUGGCUAAUAGCUCAACCGCCCAUUUACUCUAGGAUAGUCUCACUGGAAUCAAAUGAGAUUCCUUUACAGUAAGUGGAUUGUGGCCAAAGGAAAGCUUUAAUUCUUUCUGUAAUGGUGAAGCAUUUAGCACUUUCAUUGAACAACCUAUGGCAAAAGCAUUGCAUAAUUUAUCCUAGAGGUACUAGGAUAGUCUUGGCUUACAUUAGCUCUGCUUAACUCCUCCGAAUAAACAUUUUAUUCUUGUUUUGCAUCAGUUGGUGAUAUUGCAAGCUCCUGCUUUCCGAUGGAUAGUUCUAUCUGUCCUGGUCAUUGGGAGUCAUUAUAGCCCUCAAGUAUACAGUCACUAUGUGUUAACUUCCAGUGCCAGAGAGUAUUAUUUUGACGAAAACAAAAGCAAUUGUCACUGCCAGUAGCAGGGGUUGGGUUGGCACAAGUUUACCAUGGGCUGUACACUGUCUAUAAUCAGCUUGAAUUGUAAAAUGUGGGGGCAACAUUUUUUUAAAUAAUAAUAAUCUUGGCUAUACACUUUAAGGCCCAGGACUUAAAGACUUGGUAGACCAAGUGUGACGGUGUUCUAGCCUUUUCCCUUUUUUGUUACACACAUUUGCCUGCCUUUGACUUGAGCUACUAUCAGCACACAGGUGCCAAACCACAUUGGCAACCACAUUGUCUGUAAUGACUGCACUCUGUGUUAUUUUGUUUAUUUUUCCCACAGUGCCUUUGUGUUAGUGUAAGAGCUGAUGGAGACUUCAGUGUACUUAAAGAAAACAAAACCUUUUUCUAUC